AUGCUAACUUCGUUACACCCUUUGUCUCGUCCAAUCGCCGGGCCUCGUUGCCGUGCCUACGAAAUGCAGCGCCGCCGCGUCACGACGAACCGAAACGAUAGGCCCGGUACGGAGUGGAGACGACGCGUGGUAGGCUGCCAGCCACUUCAGAACUUAAAGGUCGGGCCGUACAAACGUGGCAAGUGGUUCGUGAGCUACAAAGACGACCCCGGGAGCUUCAUCACCAACAUUCUCAUCUUGUUGGUCACGGGCUACUCUAUCUUCACUAUGUUGCCUGGUGAAUCGAUGAGUGUGCGGAGGCAGCGCAAGAUGCGCCAGCUGCUUCUCGACAACGCCCAAAUGACCGAGGCCGACCUCGCAUACAUUGAGAACUACCGUCUGCCCGAAGACGGUGACUCCGGAUGA